AUGGAAAAGCUCCUGCCUACGUUAUUUUUGUCUCUAUUUUUCCUAAUCUUUUUCGCCACGUCAUCAGUUGAAGCAAUCAAGUGUCACUCUUGCGGAGGAGCCGAGAACAUUCCAAAGUUUGCGAAGGACACGCUCAGCAAACUGAACAUCACUACAGGAAGUGUCAGUUCUUUACAUUGAGUUUUUGAAGAGAUAAUAUUAUCAAUUUCAGCUGUUCGGAGACUGUAAGGCAACAUCAGGCAGCGAUGUGUGCUCGAACGGAACAUUCUGUCUCAAGAGAGCUAGUGAGUUCGACGGAAUUCGACUACUAACAAAUCAUUAUAUUAUUUUCAGAAGUGUAUCAGAUUGGAUACAGUGGCGUUAAUUUAAAAUGGACUACGUACACCAAAGGCUGUGCGACUCUCCGCGAGGACAACAACGGAAUUCCGACUGAAACUUGCUAUGACCUCGGACAAGUCAGCAAUUCCUCCGGAUACACGGCGGUGACCCAUUCCCUCUCUAAACUUCUCACUUUUCACAUUUCCUUCAGAACCGUGUCGACUGUUACUGCCAGAAGGACUUCUGCAAUUCGAUUUCUCCAUUCUCGAUUAUCACACCGUUCGUAAUGACUUUAUUGACUGUUGUCUCUAUGUAA